CUCUUAUCCACUUUAUACGGUUGUCCCAAUGGUUGUCCCACUGCUUGCGUUUGGCGUAAUCCAGGAAAUUCCGUCUGCAAGGGGGCGCCCAGCCUCCCGUAAGGAUCGCAUGUUGAAGGGUGCCUGCAUGGCUAAAACCAAAGUGAUUGAUUUUGGACAGCACAGUGGUGUGGCAAUGUAACAAUAUGUGGAUAAUAUCAUUAGCACAAUUUGCAUUUCUAAAGUAUUCUAUGUAGCAUUUGAUAGCACAAUUUAGCUUUAAAAUGUCAGUGGAUUCAUUCUGAUCUGUCACUGUCGAUCAGUCUCUGGUGUCAAUGCACUGUCUGCAUUGCUGUUCUGAGGUGCCACUCUUUUGCGCAUAAUACUGUAACCUCACAAUCUCAUCACAGUUUUAGUAUGUGCCAGGAAACGCUGUUGAUUCUAAUAAUGCAAUGACAGGGACAUCUAUAUUUCGUAUCCCUAGCCCGGCAGCGGAGAUGGAGCAUCCUCUUAUCGAAGACAGAACUCUGCAAAGAUGCAGAGGGAUGCAGAUUGAUCAAUCAAUCGAAGGAGCGCUUGCCCGUGACGUAACCGCUUCUGUUGUGUGAAUGAGCGGAGGAGAAACCUUCUCCCCAUUCCAUUAUGUACACAAUGAAACGUUUUAAGAGUUGAAAGCACAGCACUGGAUAUGGAGAAAUGUCACUUAACUGCCUGGAUUGAAAAUAGUAUAUUCUUGGAAAUGGUGCAAUCAAAUAAGUAAAAAGCCAGCAACACUGAUGCCAGGUGCAGGCCGUCGUUUGGAGCACUCCGAGCAGCACUUGGGAUGAGUGGUGCAGUAGAGCAGGCGGCAGACAUCCUGUCAGUCACAGACUUGGUCCGGGAGAGAUGGAGAGUGGUGAAGAAAAUUGGCGGGGGUGGCUUCGGGGAGAUCUACGAGGUGCUGGAUCAGCUGAGCCAGGUCAACGUGGCCCUGAAGGUGGAGUCUGCCCAGCAGCCCAAACAGGUGCUGAAGAUGGAGGUGGCCGUGCUGAAGAAGCUCCAGGGUAAAGAUCAUGUGUGUCGCUUUGUAGGCUGUGGCCGCAAUGACCGCUUCAACUAUGUGGUGAUGGAACUUCAGGGGAGGAAUCUGGCAGACCUGCGCAGAACUAUGUCUCGCGGCACCUUCACCGUCUCCACCACUCUGAGGCUGGGCCGACAGAUGCUGGAGGCCAUCGAGAGCAUCCACUCUGUUGGCUUCCUGCACCGCGACAUCAAACCGUCAAACUUUGCCAUGGGGCGCCUGGCCAGCACGUGUCGAUGCUGCUACAUGCUCGACUUUGGUCUGGCCCGACAGUUCACCAACUCUUGUCAGGAAGUGCGUCCUCCUCGUCCCGUUGCAGGGUUCAGAGGAACGGUGCGCUAUGCCUCAGUCAACGCACACAAGAAUAAGGAGAUGGGUCGCCAUGAUGACCUCUGGUCUCUCUUCUAUAUGCUGGUGGAGUUCACGGUGGGCCAGCUACCCUGGAGGAAGGUCAAAGACAAGGAACAGGUGGGGAACCUAAAAGAGACCUACGACAAUCGCCUCAUGCUCAAACACCUCCCCUCAGAGUUCAGCGCCUUCCUGGAUCAUAUCCUGACCCUGGACUACUUCACUAAGCCUGACUAUCAGCUACUAAUUUCAGUGUUUGAAAAUGCCAUGAAGAGCCACAACGUGUUGGAAAACGACCCGUAUGACUGGGAGAGGUGCGACUCAGAGGAUAUGCUGACCAUCACCGGUUCAGCCACCACCGCUCAGCAACUGACCCGCCUCACACCAGCUUACAUUGGCAUGGCCAAUGCCUCGGUGCUCCCCGCCGAGCUGCAGAGGGAGAACACUGAGGACGUACUGCAGGGCGAGCGCCUCAGCGACGCCGACAACUGCCCCCCCAUCCCGGCCCAGCACCAACGUGCUGCCCAGGGCGUUGACGUGUGGGAGGAGAUGGACCGCAACCGCAACUGUAACCACGCCGCAGCCCAGCAACAACAACAACCGCUCAUCAGGAAGGUGGUGAAUGAGGACGAGCACAGCCAGAACCAUGGUGGCAACCAGAGCCAGAGCUCCCCCAGAAGGGUGUGCUCAGAGACCAUGUUCCUGGACCGGGCGGCCCCCCUGCUCCGGAGGAUGAGACACAGCCAGAGCCUGGCCUUCGAGAAGAGACUGGCUCCCGAACCCAAGCCCACCAUCGAACGCUUCCUUGAUGCCUAUCUGGGGAAUCAGCAUCCACAGGAGCGAGAGAUCACAAUCCCCGAAAGCGGCGGGGGGCGGGGUGAGCAGGUUGACACCCCCUGUGACGAGGACCAGGCGACAGAGACUCCCGACCAGGACGAGGGGGCUGGGGCCCUGAACCUCAGUUCUGUUCCCCAGGAGGGAAACUCCCAGGAUUGGUUGAUGCUGGAGCAGGGGGGAGGCAGCGGGGCCUCGGGGGCAGCCAAGCCUCCAGGAGACUAUGCUCUGGAUGGGAAUAAACUAGAGGUGCAUUCAGAGGCUGAGGUCCAGGACCACCAGCCUCCCUCAGCCCCGAGCAGCCCCGUCCUGUCCCACAUGGCCCUGCCCUGUACCUGGUUACUGGGCGGCAGGAGGCUGCCUGGGAUGCUAGGCCACAUGGGCCGAGCCCAGAUGGAGCAGUCUGCCAACCCUGUACCACAGUCCCCUGUGAUGGAGAAGAGUGAAGCCAUACCACUAGAGGCUCUGUCAACCAAACCCAAUGACCCCCAAGAGGUCAAGGUCGAUGAGCUGGAGAUUGUCGAAUCAGCACCCAGCCCUGUGCCAAGCCUCAUCCCAGCCCACCUCGCAAAUGACAAAGACCCAGAGAGCGACUCAGGACUCCCCGACCGUUCCUCCGAACCCACCCAACACCCUCAGAUGGAGAAAGCCGGAAGUGCCGCGGAGAGCACCUUCUCCUCCUCCCCUCCCCCACCCACCUUGGUCCUGCUGCGAAGAGAAUCCCCCUCCUCGCCCAGAUUGAGCCGCAUCCCCAUACGAGAUUCCCCCACCAUGGACCGCCGCCACCGCUGGAGCAGCCCCGUGCCUGGCUCGCCCUCCCACUCGCCCUCUCCAUCGCUCUCCUGCGACAACCUGCUGCCCUGUGGCGUCCGGGAGAGGUUCCUUUCCUGCUCAGACCGCGGCUCACGCUCCGACUGGCUGGGGGAAGACCGUGACUCCCUCUCGCUCUCCUCCUCGGGCAGCAGGAGUAAAAUCCCUCGGCCCAUCAUUCCCCCUCUUCCAGGGCUCGAGCAGCAGCAGCUCUCCUCCUCCGGCAGGUUCCUGCCUCGUCCGCCUCCCGGGAAACCGCCUACCCGCCCAGCUGUAGACAACAGUAGGCGCCGGCGUUUCCGGGUGCGUGCCAGCAGCACCAGCGACGCCGACUUCCUUGCCAAUCUGACCCAACUGAUGAAGGACCGCGGCGGUGCACUUUUCAGUCCGGCGCCACACCCCCGCAGCUCUUCCUCCUCUCUACAGCGCUCACUCAGCUCCUCCCCCUCACGUCACGAGCUCCGCGAGGGGGGAAGGGUCUUCCUGGGGCGUAGCCGCUCUCCGUCCAGCUUCUCGGGGUCCCCUCCGUGGUACCCCCAGGACAGGCUUAGUGGGCGACAGGGGAUCCCGUGGGGCGCAGGGCCCGGUGCCAGAGGGAGGGGCCCUAGCCACGAGGGCAAAGGCAGCGGCAAAGUGAGCCGAUAAGUGGACAGAAUGGGUAUCAGUGUGUUGUUCAGAAGGGCACACUGUUGUAAGACAUUUUGCAACAAUAAACCCGAAUCGAGCGUUUCUAAUUGGACACGUUCAGCCAGGGCCUUGUCAGCUCAUUAGGCGGCCACCUAUGGCGGCAGAUUAACACGGGUGGAAUUUUCUGGGCUAAACUGAACAAGAUGCACACCCAACAACACAACCUCAAAUAAAUCUGCCCCAAAACAAUGACAAUUUCUCUCAACCAGUGGCAUAUGGGCUUUUUAGGUGAGCGCUGAUGCCGCCCUGUGAUAAGCAGUUCCCACUUUGUCAAAGGCAGGGGCACAAACAUGUUGCUUGUCCAUUCCCAGAGGCGCGCCGUGCACUCCACCAACGUUCUGUUAAGAAAACUAUCUAACAUAAAUCAUGUAGCAGAUCUAGCCAGCGUAAAAACAUGAGCCAUUCACAAUAAUUACAGCAAAAUGUCAAGAAAACUGUAUGCUUAUUACACCACUUUCUAAUUACCGCAUGUCAGAGGCAUGACAAAUUAACGAAUGGACUUGAAAAUGGGUGAUAUAGCCUACAGUCAAAUGUGAUGUGGUUCGACGAGAACAUUGACAUUUUGCCAAGGCAGAGACGUGGCGACAUGACAAUAGCCAAAUUUGUCAUUUCACUUUUUGGUGUUUACGUUUAACAGAUGUCUCUUUCCAUUCACCGCGGUUUGGAGUCUGUUAAUAUGGUGCGAGUGGAUGAACGUGCACUGCUAGCCUAUGACGGAGCCCUUUGAAGUGAUUGUUUAACAAUUAGAUGAAAACAUUUUGACGGGUUGUUUUUAUGCCACAGUAUAAGAUAAUGCAUUUUAAAAGUGAAAUAACAGGUCUUUACGACUAGGCCCACUGAGAUCCUAUUGAAUUAAUAGGGACUCAAUAUAUCAUUCUAUGAUUAGGCCCUUUGAAAAAUGCUGGUGCACGCUGUUGGUCCCAUACCGGGAAGAAUUUAAUUAUACUUUCACCCCUGAAUAUAGCAUAUGGUAGAAAGAGUAUGUGGCCUUUUCUGUAGCCUACAGGCUGUAGAUAAAAUGUAUGACAGUGUAAUGAGACGGACACUUUUUUACAUCAUACAGGUUUCUCCGAUCAAAUACCCGCGUUGACAUGUUACAACAUUUCCUAAAAACAGGACAGGUCAAAGUAAAAUGGACAAUAUGAAAUGGAUAAUCAGGCUAUUCACAACUGCUGUCCAGAAGUUUCACCCCGGGGGCAAAAUGUUCAUGAUCAGUGGUUUAAAGUUUGUAUCUGUACAUUUUUUUUUACAAGCUGAUCAUCGCGAAAAAGAAAGUACUUCUUUAUUUCCCGCUGUGUAAACACAUUGCAAAUAGGCUCAGGAUAACUCCUGAUGAAGUUGUGUAGCUGAUAUUCAGAGCUGAAAUAGCCAAAUUCACUAGUCACAGGAAUCAGGACUAAUAAAGCCAAUGCAAUGCCUGUUUUACAAACGGUCUUCCACAUGGUUGGGCAUUCAUAAAAUUCCUUUGUAGACCAACACAGUAGGCUUCACCCUAGUAAGCAUGGGCUGACGUCUCCUGGAUGUCUUUUUUUGGUCCUGUCCGGACCGGCUAUCUUUUAUUGGUAUUUUACAAACUGUAGGCCUACUACAUAGAUGGGCAUUCAUAAAAUUCUAAUUAGGCGACACUGUAGGCUACACCUCGGUAAGCACAGAUCGAUGCCGUCGCCUUUUGGAUGCCUUUUUUUGGGGGUCCUGUCUGGAUCGGCCUUGAUUUCCACUUCCACGGAUGUUGGUUUUUAGUCCGGUCCAGACCAAAUCAUAGACAUCUAUGUUUGGUUCAGACCGUCUUUCAUUUGCCUCGCCUAGGGUGACAGAACAGUUAUGACCAGCCCUGCUUUCAGCAGGUACAUCUAUGUUUCGUCCCCACUGCACACGACCCAGGCGGCUAUGGUUACUCAGACUGUAAUAAUGUAUGUACAGAGAACGUACUGCAUCGGAUCCAAUCUUCAACUUUGACAGCAUGUGUACAUAUAUAUGAUCUACUACUGUACUCCAGGGAAUGUACUGUAUGUAAUGUAAAAUGUAUGAUAGAAUGUAUCUAUUUAUUUGAUGUGUCUCGAAAAAUGUACUUGAAAAAUGUAGCUUGAUUCCAACAUCGGAACAUCAGAUUUCCGAAAAACAUUGAGAUGGUCUACUCUUUCUCCCUGACCCCAGUCCUGGGUUCUUAACAGUAUGUAUGUAUGUAUGUAUGUGUGUGUGUGUGUGUGUAUGUAUGUAUGCCAUGAGACCAAAAAGAUCUGUACUGUAUCAUAUGAGAGAUCUGAAGGAGGUCGCCUUGUAUAUACAGUUGAAGUCGGAAGUUUACAUAUACUUAGGUUGGAGUCAUUAAAACUCGUUUUUCAACCACUCCACAAAUGUCUUGUUAACAAACUACAGUUUUGGCAAGUCAGUUAGGACAUCUACUUUGUGAAUGACACAAGUCAUUUUUCCAACAAUUGUUUACAGACAUAUUAUUUCACUUAUAAUUCACUGUAUCACAAUUCCAGUGGGUCAGAAGUUUACAUACACUUAGUUGACUGCCUUUAAACAGCUUGGAAAAUACCAGAAAAUUAUGUCAUGGCUUUUAGAAGCUUCUGAAAGGCUAAUUGACAUCAUUUGAGUCAAUUGGAGGUGUACCUGUGGAUGUAUUUCAAGGCCUACCUUCAAACUCAAAGCCUUUUUGCUUGACAUCAUGGGAAAAUCAGAAGAAAUAAGCCAACAGCCAUCAACCUCAGGAAAAAAAAAUUGUAGACCUCCACAAGUCUGGUUCAUCCUUGGGAGUAAUUUCCAAAUGCCUGAAGGUACCACGUUCAUCUGUACAAACAAUAGUGCGCAAGUAUAAACACCAUGGGACCACACAGCCAUCAUACCGCUCAGGAUGUAGAAGCAUUGUGUCUCCUAGAGAUGAACAUACUUUUGUGCAAAAAGUGCAAAUCAAUCCCAGAACAACAGCAAAGGACCUUGUGAAGAUGCUGGAGGAAACAGGUCCAAAAGUAUCUAUCUCCACAGUAAAACGAGUCCUAUAACAUAACCUGAAAGGACGCUAAGCAAAUAAGAAGCCACUGCCCCAAAACCGCCAUUAAAAGCCAGACUAUGGUUUGCAACUGCACAUGGGGACAAAGAUCAUACUUUCCUGACCUGGGUCUUUCAAAUGGACAAUGACCCCAAGCACACUUCCAAAGUUGUGGCAAAAUGGCUUAAGGACAACAAAGUCAAGGUAUUGGAGUGGCCAUCACAAAGCCCUGAUCUCACUCCUAUAGAACAUUUGUGGGCAGAGCUGAAACACUGUGUGCGAGCAAGGAGGCCUUACAAACCUGACUCAGUUACACCAGCUCUGUCAGGAGGAAUGGGCCAAAAUUCACCAAACUUAUUGUGGGAAGCUUGUGGAAGGCUACCCGAAACAUUUGACCCAAGUUAAACAAUUUAAUGGCAAUGCUACCACAUACUAAUUGAGUGUAUGUAAACUUCUGACCCACUGGGAAUGUGAUGAAAGAAAUAAAAGCUGAAAUAAAUCAUUCUCUCUACUAUUAUUCUGACAUUUCACAUUUUUAAAAUAAAGUGGUGGUUCUAACUGACCUAAGACAGGGAUUUUUUACUAGGAUUAAAUGUCAGUCAUUGUGAAAAACUGUUUAAAUGUGUUUGACUAAGGUGUAUGUAAACUUCCGACUUCAACUGUAUGUACCGUUUAAAAAAAUAUAUAAUCAUUGUAUAGAGAGCACUUCAGUGCUGUUCAUUCAAACUAAAUGUUAAUCUUAUUGCACCAAUUUAUCAGCAUUCAUUUGUAAUAACCAGUGCAUGUAGUCCCAUCUAAACUCCAUUUCUCCUCUCCCUAAAACUACUAGAUGAAACAUGUAUUUCAAGCUAUUUAAAAGAUCUCACUCACUCUGGCGUAUUCACAAUGUAAUUCUGUGAUUUUAUUGCGAGAAAAUCUCUUAUUUUAGAUGAUGUGGAGGUGUCACAAUGUUGGAAUGUAAAAAAUAAAAAAUAAAAAAAAGCACUCAUACUGAAUUAAUGUAACAAGUGCAUGGAUAUCAUUGCAAAUAUAUGUGUGUUAAAAUUUAAAAUAAAAAAACAUCUGUAGGGUCCGCUAAAACAAAUCUGUAUUUUUUUUAUAAACUGGUCCCGAUUUUAAAUACAUUUAUCAUGCAGACCAGCAAAAUUGGAGUCUAUUUGUAUCUGCCCUCCUGAAAAACUGAUAUAAUGAUUGCAGAAAAUCAAAUAAAGUAUACAUUUGGCUUAUAGUGAA